AUGGACGCAGCGCCAGCAAUCAAUAAGCAGCGCGGCCAAUUUGGAAAGCCGCUCGCUCCGAGCGAGCGAAAGGGCCCAGCCAGGAGCAGCAGGCACCGCAGCCAGCAUGCCGCCGCAGCGAAAGCGCCGGGCGCGGAGCCCUCCCACCCCCGCAACCGACCUGAUCCUCUUCUGUCUGGAGGCGACCGCCCGAGCGAGGCCAGCCCAGCACCAGUCCGGUCUCAGCCUGGCGUGCGCGCGUGCCGUCCGUAUCCGCUGCGCGCACCCAUCCAUCCAAUUCAUUUGAUGGCCAUGGAACCGUCCCCUUUCCGCUAG